AUGACGGCCGAGGGACGGCAGCUGUUGGCCGACACGAGCUAUGAUGGCGAUCUGUCAUCGCUCGAGAAGAGCUGGCAGCGGGGCGUACCGGAAGAUGCCUGGCGCGCUGCUCUACGACCGCGAGUGUUGCGCUCCUUCUGGCGACUAUGCCUGCUCCUUUGUCUCGUCGGCGCGACCGUGUACAUGGUGUGCUUCACUUCCCUGGCAUCUCCGCCGAGCAGCUGGCAAGCGAUGGGUCAGAAUACGCUUGACCAUAUCACAGAGCUAGCAGGGUCGAGCUCAGCGUUCAGCUGGUCAACGAGCACCUUGUCCUGUCGCUAUCCGUUCAAAAUCUAUGUGUACGACCUCCCGCAGAAGCACACUACUGACUUGGUCGAGUCCGUCAUGUCGUUGAACUAUUUCUGCACAUGGGAUUGCGUCCAUGCGCAGUUCACGGCGGAAAUCCAGAUGCACCGCUAUUUGCUGCAGAGUUGCGCGAGGACAGACGAUAUCGAAGAGGCAGAUCUGUACUAUCUGCCUGUCUAUGUGACCGCCGAGACGCGACGCAACAGCACCGACGGCUUCGCACAAGGACACGCCAUCCACGCAGCGCUGUCUGGUCAGAAUAUGACCGCGUUGGAGCAGUAUUAUGGCAUCAACACGAGCUAUGUCUCCCGGUAUCCUGAGCGACACGUCUAUUACUCGGCGCAUCCACGGACGGGAUGGCAUCCGCUCUGGUCAGAUGACGCUAUAGAUACUACUCGCGCGAUAAAGAUGACAAACGAAGUGCCGGCCCCGAUGCUCGUCAAUCGCACAGAGCACAACUUUGUCGUGAUGCCGUAUGACGUACAGAAUGCUCCCUGGCGGCCUGAACGCGAAUGGACGCUGGCAUCCAAGCGUCGCAUGACGAUCUUCAGUAUAUUUGGCACUCAUGGCCUAGGUGCUACAGUUCGUCAGCAGCUGGCAAGAAGUAGUCAGACGUACCGCGGUCCUGCGAGCGUUGGCUUGACCGACUUUGCGAAUGCGACAGUCACGUACGAGCGGUUUGGGCUCAACUUGACAAGGGACGAUCAUCCGAUGUUCCAUUCGGCAUUCUGCGCUGUUCCUGCCGGCGACACACCAACGACCCGGAGACUCUUCAAUGCCAUUUUUGCAGGCUGCAUACCCGUCAUAUUCUCAGACGAGCUCGUACUACCCUUCCACCGAAGCCAGAUACCCUACGAAGAUAUGCUGCUGCGGUACCCGAUGGAUCAGGAUGAGGCAGGCCUUCACAAGAUCUAUGACGACCUCCACAGAAUGCAGUUAGACGGCACGGCAGACAAGAUGCAACGCGCACUGAAUCACCAUCGGCGCAAGCUAGAAUUCGAGCUACCGUUCGAGAUGACACCCGGGGUCAACUACACGUCUUUCCGGGGUCCGGACCGAUCACAGACUGGCGACGCCUUCGAUUAUGGCAUGCGUGAACUUGCGAUGCGCGUUGCCGACCUGAGUGCUAGCUGA